AUGGUGAGGCCUCCAUGCUGCGAGAAGAUCAGUGUUAAAAGGGGCGUUUGGACUCCGGAAGAAGAUGCUAAGAUGAUAGCAUUUGUCUCAAAGCAUGGGUCUGGUAACUGGACAUCUGUUCCCAAAAAAGCAGGUUUGAAGAGGUGUGGGAAAAGUUGCAGGCUCAGGUGGACUAAUUACCUCAGGCCAGAUCUCAAGCAUGAUAGCUUCACACCCCAAGAAGAGGAUUUAAUCCUUAAACUUCACGCAGCCAUUGGAAGCAGGUGGUCUAUGAUUGCCCAGCAGCUUCCUGGUAGAACAGACAACGAUGUAAAGAAUUACUGGAACACAAAGCUGAAGAAGAAGCUCACAGACAUGGGAAUAGACCCUAUCACUCACAAGCCCUUCUCUAAACUCCUAGCUGAUUAUGGAAACAUUGGGGGAAUCAAGAAACCAAGCACCCGAAUCGGGUCUCUCAGUAAAGACUUCAAGAACGCAGUAUCGUUCAAAUCAGACUCGUUUCCAAAGCUACCUUCAACCUCACCAAAGCUGGAACCAUCAACAGAAAGUAGCUUUUUCAGUAACACACACGUGAUGGAGAAGGAGAUAAUCCCAGCAGCUAUAUUUGGGGAAGGCUUCUUCUCGUCAAUUUCUUCACCGUCUUCUUCUUCUUCUUCUAUUUGUUGUUCCAAUGCUGCCCAGGAAGGCUGGCCUUUUCCCUUUUGCUGGAAUGAUUUUCUUCUUGAAGAUGUUUUCCCACCUGCUGCUGAUAACCCAGAGAACGAAAAUUCAACAACGAACGAGAAUAAGAAUGAGGUGACGUCACUGCAAGUUCCCAGAAGUGACGUUCGGAAUUCAUCGUCAUCCUCUGAGAUUUCCUUCGUAGAAGCCAUGCUCGAUCAAGAAAAUGAGAUGUUCUUGAAUUUUCCUCACCUCAUGGAGGAACCGUCCAACUACUGAGUCCCCUUCUGUUUGAUCAUAUGUUUUAGAUUUCGUAACCAGUGGACAAUAAUAAGGUGAUAGAAUUGGGAUAAAUGAGCAUUUUGUGUUCCAAACUUGUCAUUUUUUCCCCCUUUUUCUCUCAAGACAAUUAACAUUUGGUGAUCAUAAGUUUUACCACCAUUUUCUGUACAUCCAUUGAUGAUGAGUGAGUUCAAUUGACAACCAUUUCUACACCAAGGUUCAACUAUCAAAUGGA